AUCUGAGGAGCACGAGACGAGGCAAGUCUGUUGUGAACUUCAAUAUCCCCUAUUUACCUCAACACGAGAAACUGAGAACUGCAGAGGUUCGGUUUCUUAGACAUCCGGACAACAACGCCAACUCUCGCAGAUACAAAUUCCGAAUACACAUCCGGAAAAACGGCAAAAUCGCCGGCAAAUUCGUCGUUCGGCAACGGUGCGUGGCGCAAGGAGAAUAUGAUGUGUUUGACGUCACCGAUAUUGUUCGUCCAUGGAUAAACAGUUACCAUGGUAAUAUAAGCUUGCAGAUCCGAGUUUCUAAAAAACUGCAAAGACAAACUCUUGUUGCUUUGAAGGACACCUCACUGCAAUCUACAUCACUGAUUGUGCUGUACCUUGAGGACAGCGAGUUUCUGAAAAAUAUGUACACUAGCUUCACAGAAGAUGAUAUUGCUGAACAUUCAACGCACAGAGCAAAAAGAGACCUUUCUCUAAAAGAAAAUCAACAUAUGGGAACUGAUAUAUUCGAUGUAUUAUCCAACUCUACGAUUUUAACGAAAUUUCGUGUGAGAAGAGAUUCGAAAAAAAAUCGACGUAGAAGGACUCGCAAGAAUCGAAAAUGGUUCCGAACAGGUCGAAAAGAGAACUGUCAAAUAUAUGACUUCGAGGUCGACUUCAACGCUAUCGGCUGGGGGCAAUGGAUUAUUCACCCAAAGAGAUUCAACUCUCGUUUCUGCUUCGGUCAGUGUCCAUCUCCGAUAGACGUGAAGUACAAGCCCACCAACCACGCCAUGCUCCAGACCCUGAUGAGGAUGAAGCGGCCCAAUGUAGCACCGCUGCCUUGUUGCGUGCCCACCCGCCUGAGUCCUGUGAGCAUGCUGUACUUUGAGUACGACGAGAUCGUUGUGAGACAUCACGAGGACAUGGUCGCUGAUGAAUGCGGCUGCAGAUGACGUACGAGAGCCUAAUUUUCCACCAAGUGACUUAUUUUUUCCAAGAAACGUCUACAAAAUAACUUGUUUCUCCGUAAAACUAUCACAAAAGUGAUCUGUUUCUCAAUGAAACUAUCACAAAAGUGACUUGUUUCUCCUUGAGAUUUCCACAGUUUUGACUUGCGUCUCCGAGAAGAUGGCUCAAGAAGCACAAAGAUUAUUGAAAUGCUCCCAAGCAUUUGCCGUGCAACUAGUAUAGACGCCCAGGCUAAAACAAAACGUUUUGCAGUGAAGUAAGCCAAACACGUUAACAAAUAUGCGUCAGAACAUUUGUUAAAGGUGAAUACAGAUUUCAUCAUAACUAAUAUUAUGGUCCUCCACACGAACUCGAUAGUCUAUAUCUGAAACACUCCACAGCAAAACUCAUACAGAUCCAAACCAAAAAUACUCGACUGAGAAAAUGUAGGUUGAGCAAUGACUAUGUAGAUCACGAUCUCCACUAACUAGGAACGUAGAAAAGAGUUCUUUCUCUGCAGAAGCCCCAUUUAUUGCGGCAGCUUUUGAGACUUAAGAAAAUACACCAUCGGGUGUCACUCGAACAAGAACAUGUGUAAGGAACAACUUGUUGUUGAUGUAAAGCGGGUUUGUGCCUUAGCUCCUGGUUUCUAAAUCGGCUGAUAUAAUUUAUUCAGACUGCUUUUAUGCAUUGCUCUGUGUUCCUUAAAAUAUUAUGGACAUGUGGGCUAUUUACAACUUUUUUCUCCAAUCGAUGUUAAGAGAACAACAUUAUUAUAUCCUUUAUUUUAGACAUGUGACGUCUGGCAGAGCUAAGAAAAGAAAUCACGAUCUUAAUAUCGUCGAAAGCUAGAAUUUGUUUCAGGUUCGUAUGCAAAGACACAAAACCAAAGGUGAUUUAACUGUUGCAUCGGGCCCAGUCCCCAAAAGAAAGAAAGAAAAGCAGUUCAUUAUGACCAUUCAAUAACUGCACUAGUGCAGUUAAAUUUUCGCCGCGCAGAGUGAUGAGGUUCACUUCACUGUUCUACGUACGUGAUGUACAUAAAAACAUAAUGUGUGUGUGUUGUAUAUGUUUAUUGGUGCAUCCAUUUAAUAAUAUAUAUGCUCCACAUUUUAUGAGGCAUGCAUUAAUUACAUGUAAGUUAAAUGGAUCAAUUGGCUGCGUUUUACAUCUUCUUUUCGACUCUAGGUAAUUUCCCCUCAUUAUACAAAGUGGUACCUCAGAAUUACAAAGUUCUAUCUGCACGGUACCUAGUUUUGAGAAAUUUGACGUCAACGAUUUUGAGUUACACGUCAUCUCAAGCUUUUUCGAAUGCAAUUCUUUGAAUAUAUGAAUAAUGACUCCGGAUAAUCUUACAAUUUGGAUAGAACAGAAAAAAUAUUUGGUUUCUGACCUCGGGGUCUUAUUAACUGGAAACGGCCCAAAAAUGUCAAAUACAACUUUGUAAUUCUGAGGUAGCGAACGGUCAAAGGUCACAUGACAGAAUCUGACUGUAGACACAAUGACGUAAAUAUCCAGGAAAAGCAGGACACGAACCCAGGACCUCAUGGCACUGUAUAACAUGAUUGAAAUAGCGCUAUCUAUCAAUGAUGAUUC